CUCCAAACGGAAGCGAUAUCGUAUAAAGCGCGCCCAACCAACGGUCACACUGGCUGUCGAUAGAUUUACUGUCGAAACGGAACGGAACAGCAAAAACCGAGAUUAACGUUUUGCGAGCUAUUUCUUGGGACACAUUGCGAUUUAUUUAACAUGGAGGUCGACGAGGAAGAGUUCGAGGUGCCCUCCAGCAGCAGCAAGGGCGAGAAAAAACGCUUUGAGGUGAAGAAGGUAAGUGGUCAGCAAAAAAGCUGGGUCAUUGGCAUUGAACGUACUAAUGGUAACACCUACCCGCUUCCUCGAAAACAGUGGAACGCCGUGGCUUUGUGGGCCUGGGACAUCGUGGUGGACAACUGCGCCAUCUGCCGCAACCACAUCAUGGACCUGUGCAUCGAGUGCCAGGCGAACCAGGCGUCCGCCACCAGCGAGGAGUGCACCGUGGCCUGGGGCGUCUGCAACCACGCCUUCCACUUCCACUGCAUCUCUCGCUGGCUAAAGACGCGCCAGGUCUGCCCACUGGACAACCGCGAGUGGGAUUUCCAGAAGUACGGACACUAAAAUGCCUCCCAGGACGCACCAGAUGGAGCAGCACUAUAAGAGCCCUUGCGCCUAGCAUAUCCUUGCCAUCCCGCAAGUCUGAUGAUGGCCUGCUUCAUCUGGAUAUUCAAUCCUUUGUAAUACCCUUUUAGAUCUUAAGCUAGUGGGGCAAAUCGCGUGAACUGGCAACUGGUAACCGGUAAUCAGUAACCAUCCGUUCCGCAGUUACCGAUGCCCGCGUUUCCCCGGGAAGCACACCUUUUUGUAACGCGUGAAAUAAAAGCUGCAACAGAUGGAGAAAACUAGCCAGAA